CACGCCUUUUGCUUUCGCUUUGGCAGCGGCGACCAUGGAGAACGGCGCGGUGUACGAGGACACCACGGAGCCCCAAGAUGCCCGCGCCUGCCGCUUCUGCUCCCCCCACCUGGGCCGCCUGCGUCUUGCCCUCAAGGCUCUGCAACUGUUAUUUUCCUUUGUAGCCUUCAUUUGUGAAGAAAUUGUGGAGAGCUGCACCUCAUGCAACGGCCUUUACUUCUUUGAAUUUGUAAGCUGCAGUGCCUUGCUUCUGAGUCUCCUCCUACUGGUUGUGUAUUGCACUACUUUGUAUGAAAAAUUUGGGGAUGGCAAUAUCAGAAAAACAGAUUUAGUGACCACAGCAAUAGUGAGCUGUUUCUUUAUCUUAGCUUCAAUUGUGUUUGCUGCAACCAAUGACAAGUCAUCUGUUGAAACUCUUGCAAUAGUGUUUGGAUUUCUGGCAAGUCUAGCAUUUUUGGGUGAUCUUAUCUAUAUGUUUAUGGAAGGACGUAAAGAAGCCAAUGAAAAGAAAGAGAAUCCAAACCAACAGGGACCACCAGAGAAUCAACCACUGAAAAAUGAAGGCAAAGCUUAAAAAGUCUGUUUCUUUCUAUUAGUUAAAUCCAGAUGAAAUACUGUAUUACAUUGACAGUUUUCUGUUUUUCCCUUCUAACCAACUUUGUUCAUACUGCAUACCAAAAACUUGUAUAGACUCCUACAUUUCUUAACAACAGUAUCUCAGGUAUCAUGAUUUAUACAAUUUACCAGAUAACUUGUACUGACUAAUAAUUGUUGAAGAUGUGCACUUCAAAAGGAAGAAGCUGUCUCCAUCCAGAAUACUUUUAUUUAAACAAAACAGUUAAUCAGUGUUCUCAUUUACUUAUAAGACCUUAAGAGCAAAGAAUUAUAUACACCAAUAGAGUGUGCUUGAAUUUCAAGAUCUCUGUUUAAAAGUGAAGUACAGCAGGCCAAGGUUAGAAUUCUGCUUAAUUUUCACUAAUCUGUGUUGGUGACAUUCAACUUUGUUUUAGAUGCUUUCUAUAAAUUAGUAUAGUGUAGUUGUUUCUUGUUUUGUGUGCAUAUGGCAGGGGUCAGUUAAAUUAUACCUAUAAAAGGGACGUUUCUUGAAUCUUACAGAAGUUUCUAGCUCCUGAAAGGGUUUGAUUCUUAUUUUAGUUCUAGAUUCUCUCUCUGAAAGUCAGUAUAAGGCACCCAGUGAAAGAUACAGUUGGCCAAUUGUUUUUUGGCAAUAGACACAUUGUGGAUCCUGCAGCCAUUUUUGCAUUCCACAGUUCUGAAAGUUUGAAGUCAUACCUAAUGCACUUAAAAUAGCUAAAAGCCAUAAAAACUUCAAGAGAAACUUGAAAUAGUAGCUUUAUGAAGCAAGUUUAAGGGACAAAUAUUUUCAUAUUAGAUGAAAGAGAAUUGAGAGGAGGCAGAAUUGCCUAUAAACAGAAAAAGGGAUAAAAAGCUUGCCUGAAAGCUCGUUUAAUAUCUCUCCCAACUACACAGUUCGUCCGAUAAAAGAUAUUACCAAAACAAAACAAAAAAAUUAUCACCUUUUCUUACUAGGCAGCACAAGAAGUAUUUUUAGGCUUUUUUUUAUUAAGCUUCACCAGGGAGAACAUUGAACAUAGAUGCUCUCCAGUGCCUAUCACAUGUAUUAACCAACUUGUGCAAUUUGCUUCUGCAUAAUUAAGAUGAAUUUGGCCAGGAACAGCCUACAUUUAUUUUCAUCAUUGCUUGUAUACAUGGCAAUAGUUUGAGAUUCUUGUGCUACAGUCCAGCUCUGUUGAAUGGAUAAAUAACCAAGCAAAACAGCUGUGUAAAAUUCUAAUCUUAAAGCAACAACCCAUAGUUGCAUGAGAGCUAUAAGACUAGGCAGUGCUGGAGUCCUGAUCAGUAGAGCUAUAUUUGAGAGCUACGAGGUAGAAAGGCAUUCCUCAGAGAUCUGGUGGUGGAAGAGGAAAAUAGGACAACUAUGUAUGCAGGGUAAGUGGUAGUAGAAAAGGAGAGUAGCAGGUAGCACAAAAUAUUAGAACAAACGAAAAAGGCUGAUAAUGCAAAGUAGUUGUCUGUUUUCAUGACGUACAUUAUGUCUUCCAUGGCUUGAGACAUUAACUUCCCCACAGCGCUUCACCAUUUUCUAUGAUGAAACAAUUGCCUUUAAACUUUUAGAGCAGCACCGAGACUGAGGGUGUCAGGCACUCUCACCCUGUUUUCAGAACAAGAUGUGGAGGCUGCAGUAAUGCCUUUGAGGCCUUGAAAAUGAGAUCAGAGGCUUUUCCAAGGCUCUUGUCUCCUGAUGGAUCUGUGUUUGUUUUCUUAUUAUGUGUCUACUCUCAAAGAUUCACCCUUAACACUACACUUUACUGAAGGAAGGUAGAAGAGGUAUUGGGUCGUUUGCAUGAAUGAUGGGGCUCUGUAGCAUGCCAUCAGCAAUGCAUGUGUAUUCUCUUUCUAUUUCUUUGGAAAAAGGGCUGUUCUGUCAGACAAACGGUUGUAUUUUCUGCACAUCUGCACUAACGCCUACUGUCAACCUGCACGUGGAGAAUGGUUAUUACUGCUGUUGGGAAUUGGUACUGUGGAUGUUCAGAAAGCAAAGUAAAGAGCAUCUUUCCAAACAGUAUUUCCGAAGAUGUAAUACAUUGUCAUUGGCAAUAUUAUAUGUAAUUCCAUAACUUGAAACUGGUAUCUGUCACUACAGCAAACGUCAUCCCCUAUUUUUGACUUAGUAUCGUUAAUGUUUCUGUAUGUUGUUUUUACUAGAUUCUUGUUCCUCAUAUCAAAAGUGCCUAUGGAUUUGUUUUUUAAAGUUGUAGUUAAAUGUAAAAAUAACACUGUAAUGCUAUUGUAUUAGAAAGGCUGAGGGUUACCAUUGUAUAAAAGCCAGCCUGUUUGUUCUGCCUCUUUAGAACUCAGCUCUCAGGCAACACAGAAUCAAUAUACUUCCAGUAUGCUGUACAAGUGGCGGUAUUGCUGGUGGUAGACAUCUAUUAAUUUGUAGGAUGAUACAGACUUAAAUAGCAAUGUUCUUGAGAGGCCUUCUACAAAAGGAAGAAUUCUGAGUCCUACAUCAUAGGUUUGAGUCCUCAGAUAUAUCUAUCUAAGUGCUUUGUGCACAAGGUAAAUAAUGAUUAUGUUCACUUUACAGCUGAGGGAAAUGAAAUAAAGAGAAAUUUAAGUCAUUUUUUUCCCCAAGGUUGUUGCAGGGAGCUGGUGCCAGAACUGAGACGUGAACUCAGCCCUCCUGACUCCCAGUCUCAUGGUCUUACUGCUUAAAAAAAAAACCAAAAAACCAAAUGCACUUGCUUGCCCACCUCUGUAUAGCAUUUUGAUUUUUUUAUUUAUAUCCCAAAUAGCCAAUUAAUGAACUUUGCUCAGUUGGAUUUGGAGUUUAACUGUGUCUACAAAAAUCCAUGGGGAAUAUAACUUCAGCUGGGCCAGCAUUUUACUUCCCAGGCCAGAUCUGGGAGUUCAGAUUACCAACCUCCCUGCUUCCAUAUCCAGGCUAGUAUCCUACAUGCAAGCCUCAGGCACAGAGGCCUGGGGUUUUGGAUGCCUUGUCAUGCUUGAUUUUUAGCUAAAAGGCCAAGUACUCUUGACACAUGUAGUAUGAAGUAGCAUUCAGGCCAUCCAUUGUUGUUUUUUUUUCCUCCUUGCAAAAUCAGCAUUGUUUUUUGCAGCAAGUUUUUCCUCAUUUGUUAUCCAGUUUCAUUUUAGUGCCUCUGUAGUGUGGUUUCCACCCUCAACAGUAGCCAUUGGGGUGACCUUCAUGUAGAAAUGGACGAUCAAAUCAUUUGUCUUGUAAAGCCAGGGAGAAGCUGAAAGUGCCUUUCUCCAGUAGAAAGGAAUGAAAAAACAUACACUCAACUACAUUUUGAAAAAAGAAUGGAUGACCUUUGGAAAAUAAGUUAGUUCUGCCCUCCUAAUAAGUUAGUUAGCCAUAGGAGAUUUCUGUGGAGAGAAGCAAGACCUGCUACAUUCCUAAAUACCCUGGCUGCCAGACAGUUGGCCAUCUUACCAUGUCCUGUGGCAACUACUACUCGACCAGCCUGCAGUUCUGUCUAAUUGAGUUUAUCUAUAAGGUGAUGACAAUAUACAAUUCCUAACAAAAGUUUGGAUAAGCCAGAGUGCCAUACCAACUCAGGGAAAA